UACAGUUUCGAUUUUCGACUUUCGAUUGUCAUUAAACUUGAGUAUGCGGAGUGCGGCGAGACACCUACGCAGUUGUAGUCAAAGCCUUAAACUAGUCAUUUACCCAGAGCUGCUCCAAGUCGCGGCGGCUGUCAACGUUAUCUUUUGAGGUUAUAAUCAUUGUUGUCGUUUGAAAGUCAGCUUCAUAUUUGUUUGACCCGUUGAUUUUUAACGCGGUUGAACACAAAUUGGAUUUUAUUUAUUAACGCAAAAAUGCCGCCAACCAUUCAAAAUGGUACCGCCGACAAGAGGGGUGCUUCCUCGAGGACCGCCGAAAAAAAACUUGAUCUUAUUUCGAAGGUCAAAUUUUGUAACACUUUACCAGACAUCGCUAUGGAUACCAAGUAUAUCACAUAUCCAUUCUUAGCAACAAGAUUUAUGCAGUAUAAUCCAACUUCUUUAGAAAGAUCUUACAAAUAUGAAAAUCUGACCGAGCACGACUUGGGAGUUGAAAUUGAUUUAAUUGACAAGGACAUCUAUGCAUGUGAUCCAAAUGCUCAGCUUGAUCCAGCUGAUGAAAAGUUACUGGAAGAAGAUGUUAUGACCCAACAGGUUUCCAAACGCUCUAGGGAUCACGCCAGAAGUGUAUCGUGGCUGAAACGUACAGAGUAUAUUUCUACUGAGCAAACUAGAUUUCAACCUCAGACUACCUCUGACAAGGUUGAAGCUAAAGUGGGACACAAUAUUAAGAAACAUCUUAAGGAAGAUACAUUAUACAUGGAUCGUGAGUCUCAAAUUCGAGCCAUUGAAAAAACAUUUUCGGAUAACAAGAAACCUAUUGAAAAACAUUAUAACAAACCAAAUGUUACACCUGUGGAAAUAUUCCCUGUAUUUCCUGAUUUCAAGCUAUGGAAAUAUCCCUGUGCUCAAGUUAUAUUUGACUCGGAUCCAGCUCCUCAAGGACUCUCUGUUCCUGCUCAAAUAGAGGAAAUGUCUCAAGCUAUGAUUCGAGGUGUGAUGGAUGAAAGCGGCGAGCAAUUCGUUGCCUACUUCUUACCUACAGAAGACACUCUGGAAAAGAGGAAACGAGAUUUCAUCAACAAUUUAGAGUAUGCAGAAGAAGAAGAAUAUGAUUACAAAAUGGCCAGAGAAUAUAAUUGGAACGUCAAAAGUAAAGCAUCCAAAGGUUACGAAGAAAACUAUUUCCUUGUUGUGCGCGAUGACGGGGUAUAUUAUAACGAAUUGGAAACUCGAGUAAGACUCAACAAACGCAGACAAAAGAUUGGUCAACCUGUCAACAAUACUAGGUUAGUUGUUAAACACCGUCCACUUAAUGCCCCAGAAUUCCGUAUGCAACGAUUCCGUGAAAAACAACUAGAACCUCCUUGCGAUGAAGAUGAAGAGGAAGAAGAGGAAGAAGAAGAAGAAGAGUUGGAAACUCAAAGGAAGAGUGACAAGACACAAGAUAAAGAAGCUUCAGACGAAGAAGACAAAAAUGACAAAGACAACGACAAAGGAGACGAAGCUGAAGAGAACGAGGAACGAGACGAGAAUGAAGAAGAAACUGGCUCGAGAGCUUCGAGUCAUCGGUCCAGAUCGCGUUCAAGAUCAGUGUCUCAGGCGGCCUCGAAUCGUAGCCGAUCGAAUUCCGGCUCACGCUCGGGGUCCGGCUCGCGGUCGGGCUCGGGUUCGCGUUCGGGUUCUGGUUCCAGGUCCAGAUCCAGAUCGAGGUCGAGGUCAAAGUCGGGAUCGCGUUCAAGAUCUGGUUCUCGCAGCGCGAGAUCUGGAUCGGGAUCUCCCGCAAGAUCACAGAAAUCCGGCUCCAGCCGUUCGAGUUCUCGUUCGGGCUCGAGAUCGAGAUCGGCGUCGCCGGCGUCGGGAAGCGACGCUGGUAGCGGUAGCGAGGCUUGAAUUAUGGGGGGAAAAAAGCGCUCGAGUUCGGUUGUUACAUCGUUCCAAACUUGAGUCAUUGUAAUGUAAAAAUACAAUUAUUUUUUAGACACGGCAUGAUAUGAACGCGUUUCAUUAAAAUUAUCCAUAUAGUUUUAAACGAAAAUAAUUUUAUACCAGAUUUUCAAAAUUAAUUCAAUAAGAUAAAGUAUAACGUAAAGCGUCUGGUGUUUUAUAUCAACAACAGAAGACCAAUUGUUUGAAUCAUGUGUAAAUAAUUAUAAUGAAAAAAAAAUAUAACAAUUUUGUUGCUGAAUAA